AUGUCGACUCCUCGCUACGCAGAGGCAACGAGCCGGCUGGAGUCACUACCAGCUGAACUCCUCGAAAGGAUCCUGCUCGAAGCGGUACGCGAAGUGCAACCCGCACUGACGGAAACAACGGUAUCUCUCAACAGACGAUGUAUGCAAGAAACGCGCAGCGGGCAACCCCGCGCUUCCAAACUCGCGCUUAGAUACGUGAGCCGCACCAUUUACAACCACGCGUGGCGGGCUCUUGCAAAAGUAACCGACGAGACCACCUUCGACCUAUGCUCGAAGCAGAGCAUGGAAAACCUCGUGGCCUUAGCGAAUUGCAAGGAUUUGACCCCGUGGGCUCGAAAACUGACCGUCACUUCUCGCUACACCGAGCACCUCCUGCCAGAGGUUGGUAACGUGGAAACUGGUGGAGUUUAUAAGCACGAAGACGUAUUCGAAGCUGGUCUUUUGAAUAGGACUCAAGCUAUCAUCAAGAGCGAGCUCGAUUGGUAUCCGGAGCUAUGGUUGUCUUCCGAUGACUAUCACAGCAGUACUGCACGUACACUCCAGGAUGCUGUUAGGAGCAGUCAGCUUUGGCAACUCGUUCUAUCGUGUCUGGAAGCUUUACCGAAUAUCGUCAACAUCCAUUACUGCGCCAGGAGAGUCGCGGGCAGAUUCACCGAAGUCUUUCGAGAAAUGGCAAUGAUCAAGGACGUCGACAUAUUUUGGUACAUAUAUGAGCACUCAGGCAUCCAGAUAGGUCAAGACCUCCUCCUCAGCGCCCUAGCGCAAUCUCUCGUUCUUCCCAAGAGACUCGAACUCGUUACGGAGAUGAACGGAUUACAUUGCUUCACGAUACAAGCUACGAUACAAGUCAUCAAAAAGGUCUCGAGCGAAGUCGAGGUCCUGAUUCUCCGAGAUGAGUUUGGCGAGGGUGGGUUUCAGCAAAAUCCACUCGAAGCAUUGUCGACCGUGGCCAUCACCAGAGACACCUUUCCAGCAUUACAUACGCUCGUUCUGGACGGCUCCAUUCACCAAAGUACCCUCGGCGGCAGACCGCUUCCAUCGGCCAUGGACGUACCCACUGUGGCGAAUCUCGUAUUCAGAGACACCAAAGUCGACCACCCGAGACUACUUAAUUUCAUCGCGCUGUUUAAAGAAACACUUCGCCAAGUAACGUUCGUGGACAUGUACAUCGACAAAUACAAGUCGAUAUUUGGGCUUUGUCGAAAUCUCAAUCUCGAGCGCUUGGAGAUUACUGAUGGUUAUGGCGACGGCCCGCAUGAGGUCGUGCUCAUCACAGACGUUCCGAAAGCACUGUUCUAUGGCGCCGCAAAGACUGUUAUUGUCGAUCCACCGAAAAUUAUGGAUGCGCUCGCCAAACUCUGGGCAGAGAACGAACUUACCGGUAAGAAGAAAAAUGAACAGGUCUAG